AGGUGGUCGUUCAUUUUCUCCGAGCAGUGGUCCAAGGUUGUGGCCGUGAACAGGUGGUCUCCAUCGGACAGUUGUCGUCAUCCAGUCGGUCCCAGUCCAGUUCUUCAUGACUUCCAGGAGCAGACCGAGCAGCAGCAGCACAGCUACCCGGUGCGCUCUGAGCUGCAGAGCUGUGUGAGUCGACAGCAGGAGGCGCUGCGCUGCAGGGAGGUGUGGCUCCUGGGUCAGAUCGAGCUCCUGGAGCAGGUGAAGACCGAGACCCUGCAGCACCAGCUGCACCAGCUGCACCGGCUCUGGGGCCAGUUCGACAUGAUGUCCACCCAGCUGCAGAGCAGCAGCUGCAACGACCUGAACAACCAGCUGACCGCCUGCAUGGACAGGUUGUCCUGUCUCAGCCUGACCCCCGAGGAGACCCCUGAGCUCAGCUUCCAGGCUGACUCUCACUCCCUGAGACGGGCCAUCACCUCCUUCGGCAGCAUCACCGCUCAGCUGGUGGAGGGCGUGUCCUGUCAGAGCUCCGCCCCCUGCAGCUCUCAGGUGCAGACUUGUCCGUUAGACAAACAGAAGUGUGAGUCAGCAGCUCUGAGCCAGUGGCUGCUGGGGAGCAGCCCAGCCAGCAGCAGCCCUCUGAUUGGCUGGCAGUCCAGUGACAACCCUCAGGAUUGGCUGCUGGCCCACAAGGACAGCAAGACCUCCUGUCCGGUCCUGGCCUCUCUGGACUUCUUCCAGGCCUGGGGUCAGCUCAGAGACCUGGAGGCGUGGCUCCUGAAGGACCAGAACCAGCUGAGCAGGGAGCGGACCAGCAGCAGCUGCAGCUCCAACUUCUCCAUCGAGAAGAUCGAUGAGUCGGAGUUCAUCACAGAGGAGGAGGAGCUUAGCGACUGGCUCAUAGCUCCGCCCACUGGCUCAGAAACGGACAGCGAGCGCUGGCAGCAGGUCCUGAAGCCCUUCCAGGAGUCCUGGUCCUCCAGUGAGUGGCUGCUGGAGGCAGAGCGCUCCCCUGCAGACUGCUCCUCCUGCUGUCAGACCACCAAGGCCAUGGAGAUCGAGAACCUGGGCGAGCUGAAGUGCCUGAAGACCCCGCCCACCUCCUCAGCCACUCUGGAGGCGUGGCUUCAGCAGGUGGCCCCGCUGCAGCACACCUGCAGGGCCAACGAGCCGUGCUCCUCCUACGCAGACUGCGUCUGUGACCAGAACUGUGGCAAGGAGGCGCUGAGCCGCUGGCUGCUGCAGCAGGAGAGGAGGGACAAGAACGGAGUCCCCCUCACCAAGAAUGCUCCGCCCACUUCCUGCCACAGAGACCAGGAGCAGAAGGUUCAGGCCAUCCUGGAGGCCUGGCUCCACCCCAGCACCUGCAGAGGCUCCGCCCUCACAGACCAGGUCGGUCCAGAUGAGACCCUGAGAGUCCACAACAGCCAGUUCCUGUCCCCCUUCCAGCAUCCUCUGAAACCAGACCUGUGGGUCCUGCCUGGGUCUGCCCCCACCUCUGAGGGUCCCACCUGUUCCCCCCAGGAGGAGGAGGCUGACAAGUGGCUGGUGAAGAAGAGGACUCAGGCCCAGGAGCGUUUGGGGUUUCCUGCUGUCUGUGAGCUCUUCUCCUGUAUGAAAGUGGGCGGAGACAAAGACAAAUGGCUGCUCCGACCUGCUGUCCAGAUGUGAUGAAGACCACCGUCCUUCCUCUUCAAGUCACUUUACUGAUGCACAUAAUGAUGAUCACAGUCACCGCUGCCUUCCUGUGACCUCACCGCUCACAGGCUCCGCCCACACUGACAUCUGCUCUGCAGGAGCUUGUGUAAAGGGGCGGGGCUUGGUAAAGGUGGGGUGCAUUUAGAGAACUCUUAUUUUAACCUUAUUCUGAAUAAAGUUUAGUAGUUUUAAGAAUCUGUUUGUCAGCUGACCUCAGUGGGAGGUGUCCUGUGCAGACCGUUUCCCAUAAUGCCUUGCUCAUGGGCAGCCUGCAGUGUGGUCAGCAGUCAUGUUUUUAAUGUUUGUGUAAUGUUGUAAUUGUGUUGAUCCUUAAAUAAAGUGUUAAUGUUUCCUGUGA